AUGAAAGAAAAUUCCGAAUCCGCUUUGUCUACGAACAAGGAAGCUAUAAGUAAUGCAACUAUGAAUCUCAUGGAGAGUUCGAUCCUGGCUCAGAUACGUUUUAUUGUAACAUCUGCUGAUGUACCUCAUAGUUGGGUUGUACCUUCCUUAGGUGUCAAAUGUGAUGCUGUACCUGGUCGUUUAAAUCAGACCUCUAUUUCGGUACAACGAGAAGGAGUUUACUAUGGUCAGUGCAGUGAGAUUUGUGGAACUAAUCAUGCCUUUAUGCCGAUCGUCGUAGAAGCUGUUCCUAGGAAAGAUUAUGGGUCUCGGCUUCACGACCGGGCAGUCUUCGUAAUAGAAGAGACAUUUGGCGAUAAGCUUGCGCUUGUUUGGAGAGAUCAUCAUAAAUGA